AUGGCGUCUGAAGAAGUGUCACAGCAAGAUAAGACAGGGAUGGGUGAGAUUCAAGACUCUCAGGUGGCCUUAGAGAUGCUGACAAGACGUCUACAAGAAGAAGAGGACAGGUGGAAGGAGAAAACUUUCGCACAUUGUUGUCACCUGCACAGGUUACAACAUGAAAACCUCAAGAAGCAAGGCACGGUGGCGAGAGGAGUCUCUGUGGAGAAACCUGGGCCUUUUCCAGCCUACAUUGAGGUCUUGCACGCCGCAUGCAACAGUACCGUCACACCGACAGUCCGGUUCCGUAUCACCCGUGAACUACGCGCAGCAAACCUGCUAGACUUCGCCCAGUACGUCUACUCUUCCUACCUCUGCCUUGACUUGGCCUCUCUCAGUCUCUCCUCCAAGAAGUUAAACAAAGUCUUCAACACGAAAACCAAGCAUGUUUUGAUGGGAGAAGCUUUGAAGGAUUUUACUACUAUCGGAGGAACUCAUCAUCCAGUCUUUCAUAUGAGCGUCGAUGGGAAAGAAAAGACUCAGCAACAAUCACCACUCGGACAGUCUAAAGGCUUGAAGAUGAGUCAGAAGGAGGCCUUGUGCGUUGAGGGCGAUAUUCAGCGUAUUAACGGGAGCCUUCCUGAAGCCGUGUCGUGCUACUGUAGAGCGUACGAAGAGGAUCCGCUGUACGUCAUCGAUCACCUCAAGUCGCUGCCGCAAGAGUCGCUGGAAAGCGUGGUGGAGUUGGUCGACUUCUGGGGGCGAAGUUCGGCCGAAGCGGCGGAGCAGAGAGAAGAGUAUGGGAUCUCGCUCACCCCUGAGCAGCUGACAUCCUUCAUUCUGUCCUGUCCUGCCAGCUUGAUUGGGUCUUCAAGCUGUGCCCGGAUAUCCCAACUUUUCAAGGAGAAGAAGUACCAAGAAGUGAUCGAGAAGUGCUCGGCUAUCCUUGAGCACCAACCUGCCAAACCAGUCCGUCUGUACCUCGAUCGCGGUCUCGCUGCUCUACUGGCAAGAAAAAGGGACCGAGUUGUGGCUGCGGACUUUAUAAAGGCCUUCCAAGAGGACGAGAAUGAACUGAAAGAGUACAUGCUAGCGCAGAAGCAGCAUUUACCUAGAGUGUUGAAAGUCUUACACAGGUGUGCGAGCUUGGACCAGCCGAAGAGAGCCACUAGUGCUGAAGACAUCAACAAAUGGCAGUCUUUUGUCAUAGAUUGUGGCAAAAUAAUCCUUUUGUUUGAUCCGUACGAUGGUAAGACAAUGACACGCUCUGCUACACUACUAGCAGACCUUGGUGACUUCAGCGGAGCUACAGAAAUGUGGACAAACAUGCUAAAGUUGCUACGAAGUCAGGAAACCCCGUCUAAAGGCCCCAUGAUUGACACUCUUGUAGCGCGAGCGUUGUGUCACUACCAGUUGGGCAAGCUAGAUUACGCAACCACCGACCUAAUCGCUGCCGUCAACAUCGAUCCAGAUGCAGCAAAAACUGAAAUGAUGAAAGACUUUGCAAAAGAGCAACUGAAAGAAAUCGUGAACUAUGUCGUAGGGCUUGCACGAAAGAUGAGCGUUGGCGUGAGAAAGGAGAGUCAGGCAGAGGAGAGUAAUGAGAUGGGUGACCAGGUACGAGCUGCGCUACAGUUGUACAAACUUGUCCUAGCACUACAGCCAAACAACAGGAAGGUACUGCACGCGUGUGCGGAGUGCCACACGUUUUUAGGCGAGCACCAGGAAGCCGCGGACAUCUACGCGACCAUGUUACAGAACGACACGAGAACGGACACCUCCACAUUAUGCUCCCGAGCGCUUUCCAACCUAAAAGCAGGACAUCUCGACAUCGCCAUGUCAGAUUUAAACAUCGCCUUUGACAGAAAUCCAUCGUGUAUCGACGCACUCUGUGCUCGGGCCUACUUCUUCAAACUGAAGAGACAAGAAGACGACUUGAUUAAAGAUGUCUUGAAUGCAAGUCUUGUGUCUGUAAAAGACACAGCAGUAAGUUUGAGGAAAGUCCCUGUUCCUGACCAAGGAGACUUGAAGAAAAUCAUCAUCAAAGGCUGCCAACGUCUUCUACAAGCUGAUAAAGAAGGUACUACUGGUGAAGUAGCUGGAUUAUCUGGGAAGCGGGAGAAGACAGAGGCUGUCCUCCGGUUGACAGAGCUGCUCCAGUUGUUGAGUCCAGGGACAGAAGGAGUCCACCUGUUGCGAGCUCAUGCUCACAUGGAGCUGGGGAACCAGCAGGAAGCCCAGCGGAUACUACUGGACAAGGUGAAGUCCAACCCACAGGACCCUGUGUCCAGUGUUCACCUGGCAAUGCUGAGGCUAAGACUGGGGAAAGUGCAGGAAGCUGUGCAGGGAUGUAUCAGUGUUCUGGAGACCCAUGGAGAAGCCGUGUUCCACACAGCCCUGGUGGAUGUACCACAGGAGGACAGACUGGUGUUACUGAGGAGCUCCCAACAAUACGGCUUCAGCCUGGUACAACAGAGUCACGAACCUGCUGUCAUUAACACUGCCAUCAGCGCAUUCACCAUCGCAACACUCGCAUCAGAAACAACGAACACCACAUCCCUGAUGGCUCGUGCGGAGUGCCACGCCCACCUCAGGAGUUACCAGGCCGCGGCACAGGACUACACCAGCGUGAUCCAUGCCCAGACUGAAUGUAGCACCGCGUUGUGCGCCCGGGGAUGCAUGAACAUUGUCAUGAACAAGCAGAAGGAGGCGGUAGAAGACUUCCUAGCGGCGCUUCGCAAAGACUCGGAGGCAGCCCGGACACAAAUCUUACUCUUACAACAACAAAUGCGCCUGUUACUACUGUACUGGCUACACCUACACGCUACAAACGCCAUGUCCGGAGGUACAACCCAAGGUCUGGAGGAUGCAGUGUUGAUCGGACGUUUACUCAUCUCCAUCAACGCUGAUGUCGCAGCAUGGCAACUGCUGUAUUCAGAUGCUCUUAUCAUACAAGGUGAUUUGGACCAGGCGUUUCUGCACCUGAAUCGUGUGCUGCAGCUGACACCUGAAGACCGGUCAGUCCUGGCGCGAAGAGGACUCAUCUACGUGAAGAAGGGAAACUACCAGCUGGCUGCAUCAGAACUCAGUCCACUGGCCGAGCUGGACACUGAAGGCCUGGAGUUUGUCCUGAAGGCUUUAGAUGCUGACCAGAGGGACUCCUUGGUCAAGGUCAGUGACUACUGUUGGCGGGGUUAUAUCAACCUUCUUCGGAACAAGGAACACCCUGCAGUAGUGGACUAUGUGCUGGCGUUCAAAACUGACCGACAAAAGACGGUCAGUUUGGUAACGUCCCGUCCAGGGAAGACCACUCUUGCUCAGGUGUUUCACAGAUAUGCAGAGCACCAGUAUACAAAAGGAAAAACAGAGGACACCAUUGCUGUUUGUCAGUUGGGGCUACUUCUGGAUGGAACCAAUGAAAACCUGCGCAGUUUGAAAAUGAAGGCCACAAAGGAUCAGGCACACACUCAGUGUACUAUUCUGUAACAGUCUGUAGGGCUUGAAAUACUGGGUGGGUGCACCAAAAAUUGAAGCCGUAGUAUACAGCAUAUUCUGGACAUUCUGUCAGAAGGUUUUUCUGACAAUCUACUACAUUUUGUUGUACAUUUUGGUGCAACCAACAAUUUUUUGUGCACCCAAUUUUUGGGUGCACCAGUGCAUCAGUUAUUUCAUUUUAAUUUUAUCACAUAGAUUUUUAUCACAUAGAUUUGUAAGCAUUGGACAGAAAGCACAUAAUGUGCUUACAAGGAUCCUUUGCUCAUUUGUUCCAAAACAUUUCGAGCCCUGGUCAAGCAAUCACAGAAUCUUGUUGCAAAGCAGCUUAGGUCCAGUUAAGUUUGCUUUGGCUUAGACAAUCCUAUAUACUUAUGCUCUGAGAAUAGUAUCACACAAUAUUGCAUAAUUUCGAAAAGCAAUCUGUAUAUAUUAUGUAUGCAUAUCCUCCAUGUUGAAUUUCUGUGUAUCAAGGAUAUGGAUGCUUGUUUUGUUUUCAGUUGAAUAGGGUGUACUUUUAGGAAUGCUUUUUUUUGCUUGCUUGUUUUGUAAAUAUAAAUGAAGGCCACACCAAAAUUUGGUGUGUUAUUUGCCACCAAAUUUUUAGGAAAAA